GCCGACUUCCCGGGUGUGCCGUUAGCUCAAUACGACACCACCCCCAAAAAAGAGCCUCAGAUGUUGUAAAGGAUAAAACACUACGGGAGUUUUCUUUCAAAAACGGCCUGGCAGACAGAAUGCUCCGGUUGCCAGAGCGAUCAUUGUCACUCAGACGGAUUCCUGUAGAUGGCUGAACGGACUCCAGGGGUUUCUCUUUUAACACAAUCCCUGUUGCUGUCCAGACUCGGAGCCCCAGACAUUCCCAGAGCCAGCAAUCUGGACUGGCAGACCAGGCAGCCAAACUACCAUUCGCAUCGGCAGAGUCCUUGGAAACCAUGUCAGAGGCAGAAGUCCCAAUCGGUUUCACCCGGUCCAACCGUUUCAGACAGAGUCUGCCCCUUUCUAGGUCCACGAGCCAGACCAAACUUCGCUCGCCAGGGGUACUCUUCCUCCAGUAUGGUGAUGAAACCAGACGUGUCCACGUUACUCAUGAAAUCAGCAGCCUGGAUACCUUGUAUGCUCUGAUUGUCCACAUGUUCCCCCAGAAACUCACAAUAGGAAUGCUAAAGUCACCUAAUACUGCUAUCCUUAUCAAGGAUGAGACAAGAAACGUCUUUUAUGAACUGGAAGAUGUAAGGGAUAUCCAAGAUCGAAGUAUAAUAAAAAUUUUCAGGAAAGAUCCUGUCUAUGCACCAUAUCCCGCUUCCCAUAUCGCAAAUGGAGACCUGAGGAGAGAAAUGGUUUACACAUCUCGGGAAUCUUCACCCACCCGUCGCCUCAGCAAUGUCACCUCUGGCUCCCCUCAUUUGGUGUCGGGCUCCCCAACGCCUGGGCUACAAUCCUCAUCCCCUUCCCGUUCCCGGAUGUCGUACAGUGGCGGGCGUCCCCCUUCCUACACCGGGAGCCCGGUUCACCACUCCGAACGCCUGGGCGGCAUGCCCUCUUCCCAGCCCAUCUCGCCGAGCCCUAGUGCCAUCUUGGAGCGGAGGGACGUUAAACCAGACGAAGACAUGAGCAACAAGAAUGUGGUGCUGAUGAAAAAUGAAGGCUUGUACGCUGACCCAUACAACAUGAUGCAUGACGGGAGGCUAAGUAUUGCAUCAACACAGUCACUAGCGGGAAUACAGGACCCUUUCUCUUACCCAGGAGGUCUUUAUCGACGUGGCUCAAUGAGGUCGCUCAGCACCUAUUCAGCUGCAGGACUGCAGGGUGACCUGGAGGACGCCUUUUACAAACCGAGCCCCCAGAUUUACAGUGACGUUUACGGCACCGGGCUGGGCUACAGAAUGCCUCCUUCAUCACCUCAGAAAAUUCCUGACAGUAGAAUGGUGGACAUCCAACAAGGGCAAAGUCCGCACAGUCCUUACUCUGGGCCACCCAGCAGGUCCUCUCCAGUGCGGCAAUCAUUCCGGAAGGACCCAGGAACCGCAGUCGUUAUUGAGACCACCGUGACAAAAUCCAGGAAUGCCAAUCCCGCCGCCGCAACAGAAGCUCUUCCAGGACCAAGUGAGAGGACAGGGGCAACCGAGAGGCCAGCAUCUGGGUACAGCUCUCCACUGGCUGUCAAUGACCCAGAAACGAGGGAACGGAUGGAAGCCAUGGAGAAGCAGAUUGCCAGUUUGACAGGACUGGUACAAAAUGCACUUUUACGAGGGAAUGAGGGAGAACCUGUCAGUGAUAAAUCCGAAUCAAUAAAUGGGAGCUCAGGCACUGGAACCCUCAGUCCCUCUGUUCGCAGCACUGUGACCAGCUCAGCAGCAGCUGCAUCUAUCAGCCACCCCACUGCCAUCACCAGGCUCCAGAUGCAGCUGCACCUACAUGAUCUCCAGCAGAAUGCCAGUGACCUACGCAACCAACUUCAGCAGCUGCGUAAGCUCCAGGUCCAAAGCCAAGACACCAUGAAGAACAUGAUGAAACGCUUGGAGUCAGAGAUCAGCAUCAGGGUGACGGAAACUCUGAGGAAGCAGGAAGACCCUCUCCAUCGCCAGCGUGCUCUGGUAGAGGAGGAGAGACAGAAGUACCUGAAUGAGGAAGAGAUGACUAUACAGCAGCUGAAUGACUUGGAGAAGUCAGUGGAAGAUUUACAGCAAGACUCAGCUCUGAAUCAGAGGUUGAUUACUGUGCAGGAACUAGAGGAGAAGGCACUGGUUUUGCGUCAGUUGGGAGAGACUCUCACUGAACUGAAGGCUCAGUUCCCUAAUCUGCAGAGUAAAAUGCGGGUGAUCUUACGUGUGGAGGUGGAGGCAGUGAAGUUCCUGAAGGAGGAGCCUCACAGAUUAGACAUCCUGCUGAAACGAUGCAAAACUGUCACGGACACCUUAGCCACAUUGAGAAGCUGCUCGCCCUCUAACUCGGCCUAUCCUGUGGAGGCCUGCCCAAGGCGGUUCAGCAGACAAGCAAAUGAGACCCUGCUGAAAGGAACUGAGGAAGUUGCUGCCCAAUCACCAAAGCACAUGAGCACAGAGUUGUACUCCCGGAAUUCCGAAUUUGAAAUUCCUACCAGCCCUCCCUCGAAUUUCCAGGAAAUGCACAUGACCUCAGUGAAAAACUGGCAAAGCCACAAUUCCGUCCUGGCUCAGCUUACCCAGAAUUCCCCAGUUCAUGCUGCUUCUUCCCAGAAGUCUCCAGCGAUGGGCCAGGGGAUCACAACCCACAGCAACUCAGUGGAGGAGGCUCCAGGAGCAUCAGGCAAGAGGAACGUGGACCAAACCAUCUCUGUUGAAGCAGCAGAGAGAGACUGGGAGGAGAAGCGAGCCAGCUUGACUCAGUUCAGCAACAAGGACAUUAACCGUCUACUGGAAGACACACAAGCUGAGCUGAUGAAAGCAAUCCCUGAUCUAGGAUUUACCAACAAACCAAAAUUAGCCACCAUGCCAACAGCGGAGUUGAAACAGACAAAACCCCAGCACGUACAGAAAACAGUCACCAAGACAGAUGCCAACGGACGGAGACACUCAGAGGAGCUGACAGUCCACAGAUACCGAACAGAGAAACCCUCCAAAUCACCCCCUCCACCUCCUCCACGACGGAGUUUCCCAUCAUCCCACGGGCUGACCACAGGCAGGACUGGGGAAGUCAUAAUUACAAACAAAAAAGAAGCAACUCUCAAGAAGGCUGACUCUGAUGAGACUGAUGGGCCGAGACCACAUGUCAAGCUGAGAAGGACCAUGUCAGAGGCAAAACCUCCAUCAACACCACCACCGAUUGUGGCAUCAGCUGUUCGAGAUGAUGAAGAUGAAGAAGAUAGAAUCAUGGCUGAAUUGGAGGUUUUUCAAAGAAGCCCUGUAACUUUCACAGGCUCAAAGACAAUAAGUGACCAGGGGAUGGCUGCUUUCCCCACUCCAGAUCCCAGGUCUUGCAGGGUUUCCCUACCCACCAGAGGACUGAAGAAUUCAGAUGGCAUCCCAAAUGCUGAAGAGUCGGGGGUCUUGGAGAAUAUCCUUCCUGUUAACCCGGGCACUGUGUUGACUGGGAGUGGUCCCUCACCCCAGAGCAGGAUUGCAAUUCCAGCUGCUCCAAAACUCAAGCAACAGCACGGCAGCAGCGAAAAAAUGAAGCAUAACAAACAGCGGGAAGAAUAUAUGAAACUGCAGAGCCAACAGGGCAGUCAGCAGGUAGUUUACUUCUAGACAACAAUAAGCCCAGUGCUCACCCCUUCAGUCUUCGAGUUCUGUAAUAAUUAUGGGACUUCUCUGCUGUAAGGGCCAAAGGCAAGGGUUUGCCUCUCUGACCAGACUGUUUGCCUCCUGAAAUCUGCGUCGAGACCUGUGGAGGUCCUCAGACUGCUGAUGGGAGUUAUAAAAGAAGUUUCUUCUUCUGUGAUGCUGCUGCUAAGGACCUUGUCCUGCCUCCACAUCCUGGUAUAGAUCUCAUUUCUGCUUCAGCCAGUUGUCCCAAGACUUUACCAACCUGUGUUGAUAACCUGCCCUUAUCCAGAACUGGACAGCGCUCCUGGCCAAUCACCAACCUCCCUGCUAGCUGCUUGUUUUCACACCUGCAGCUAGUACAGUGCACAGUCAUUGACUAUAGUGAAAUCCAGCGAACCUUCCCAUCAUUGUCCCCUCUCCCUUUCAUUCCACAAUGUCUUGCUUUGCUCCUUCUGCUGCUGCUGCCCUUUGUGCUGAAUCGCUGCGGCUUUGGAGUCUUUAAAGAGCUUCCAUUUCACCGGCUUCAAGCAACACGAUCUUCUCUGCAGUCACCGCGCCCUUUUCCCCCCCUUUCCAAUUACCCUCUCCCAUUUCCUUCUCUCCUUCCCUCCUUCUCCCCUGCACCCAAUCCAGUCGAGGGGACUGCGAGAAGAGGAUGAUUGAUUCACGGAGAAUGUGCACCGAGGGGCUACAACGCUUCUGCCAUCAAUCUCCAUCUGCUAAUCAGUCACCUGCUUUGAUCCAGAAUGCCAACUGGUGUCAGAGCUGUAGUGUGCUAGCUUGUAUAUUAAUAGUGGAAACAGCACAAGUGAUUUAUAGAUAUAUCACAGUAGAAUAGAUGUGAAAAUUAUGAAAUAUUUUGUAAAAAAUGAAAACUAAACAAAUAUAAUUCUCAUCAUGUUCCACUCUUUCUAAACUUAGUCUCUAAAUAGCCUUUUACACUUUACUGGGUACUUAAUGUCCAUGACCUUUAUUGCAUUGGUCAGCACUGAAAGGCCAUUUCUGCUGUGAAUGGGUGGUACAUUGCGAAUCAGCUCUCUGCCUUUCUUUACUGGAAUUGGUGAUCUUAACCGUAUGGAAAAUUGGCAGCUUCAACUUUCCAUUGCUUCUCAGAAUGUCAGACUAUUUACAUUAUGCAAUGCAGGAAGGGGCAGAUCUUCCCUUCAGAUGUGCUCCCUCUAGUGUUGAUGCACCUUACUUUUAAUUUUAUUGCAUCAAAAGCCUCGCAAUCCUGUUGAGCACUGUCCCAACCAUUGGAUGAAUAAGUUGCAAUGAACCUGAUCCAUCUCCAGCCCUUAGUCUCAGUCUGCAUUCUAUAUUUUAAAGGUGGCUCCUGGUCACUUUUUACUUACAUUAUGAUUUUUAAAACGUUUUAUUUUCUAAAUUAAUGAUGAGCACAAUAUUCCAAUAUGAGAGCUUGACUCUGAUCAAACUCAGCCCUAUGUAGAGUGUAAAAGUGAUUGUGAGACUUUCCUUUAUUAUCAUUCCAUUAUUUUUUCUCUCAUAUCCUCUCACUCAUCCAUACUUUUGCUGUCUUUCACCCAUUCCUUCUCUCUUGCUGUGUUUCUUAUUCCUUUCUCAUGCUUCCCACUCAUUCUCUCUGCUCACUUUCUCGCUCCUGAUUACUCACUCAGUUGGUGUAACACAGUACAGCUCUGAAACACAGUUUGUAUCUGAUGUAUCUGAUCUGAUAAUACCAGCCCACAGUAAGGUCCAGUCCUUCUCAGUGGUUGCACGUAAAGUGGGUGAAACAGCAUGAACUGGAUAACUUUACCUUAGAUAAGUAAAAUUAAAUAAACUCCCCAAGGAACAAUAUAUAUGAAAGCACAGGAUUUGAAAAAUAGAGAAUAUGAAGAAUGAUUUAUUUCUGUUAAAUCAAUAUCUAGAACUGCAGAGUAUAUAUAUCACUGGCAGAGUCAAUGUAUUCACUUAUUCUUUUUGUAUAUUGUCUUAAAUAAUUUUUGUACAAAGAAUAGUAUUCACAAAGCAAUUACUUGCAAUUGCAAGAAGUUUCUUUACAUUUUAAGUGAAGUCUUUUAACACUUUGUAUUCAGUUUGUGUGAAUUGUAUCCGACUCCUUUUGCGAACAACUAUUCAUGUUUGAAUGUGACCCAUGAAGAAGAGUUUGAUUCUGAAAUAGCACACUGAAGUUAGACAUGUUGAAUUCCUGCUUCAUAAUUGAGCCCACUCAGCCGGACUUCCAUAGUACAAACUCACAGGGGCUAGCUUUCUCUUUAUUUGGGGGCUGAGCUCUAAUUCCUCACUGAUUCUGUAAAAAUCCCUUCCUCUGGAAGAUAAGUAGUUUUUUUCUAAACAGAAAAAUCUUUCACAAGAAGUUGUAUGAAGUCUGGCACCAGGCGAAUGAGGGCAGUUUUUUGAGUCCUGGUGUUUGCUUUGCUGUUGAUGGAAAGGCUUCGGUCUCUACUUCAUAAGGUGCAGAAUUAGCUGAAUGCAUUGACAGAGCGCUUCUUUUCAAAAUUUGUUGACCUGCUUACAAUUGUGGAUAUUCCAGUCAGUCUUACCACCCACUGUUCUUGUGAGUGGUAAUAAUGAGGUCCUGCUGAUGAGGGAGAAGCAUUUUCCCCUCACUUUCUAAAUGGGAAUUAAUGCAAAAAUGUCUUGGUACUCGACAUGCGUCGACCCCCUUCAAAGUGUGUUCAGCCUUGUGUGUGAAAGGUACACAAACCAGGGAGAGAUAAAGCCUCAAGGGCAUCCAAGAACAAUGAUUAAAAUCAGAUCCAACAUUUCAAACCAUUUCAUAAAUGAACCCAGUUUGUUCAGUGAGAGAGGGAAAUAUCCCAUCAUUUCUUAAAAUAUUUAGUUUCUUCACCAAACACUUCCAAAUCUCCACCCUACAAAGUGGCACUAAGUCCCAGCACAGAAUGAAGCAUCUAUAUUCCAAAUGUAAUUUAAUCAGAUAAGUACAUCGUAUAUAACAUACAAAUUCUAAAACAACCAGUAAGGCUUCCUGGAGAAAUAGAAAUUGGCAGGGGUGUGGGGAAUAAGUACUUUUAUUUUCUAUAGUUUUCAUUUUUGAUGUUAAAUUGUUGAGCUGCACAAUCUUGACUGGACAUGGUUACCAUGAGAAAUUGGCUUUCUGUGACCAAUACAGAAGGAAAACUUAUCACAGGAGAAGGACAGGCUAUGAGAUCAUUUCCAUGCAUGUAACUCCUUUACUUCUCUCUCCCACAUCCGUUAAAAACACCAGAAACAUAUGAACUCUCUCCUGGUGGAAGUUAUCUAUUGAUUUAUUUCAUCAAUAUCCCUCCCUUGGAGAUUUGCUUUUCUCAUCCAGAGUAUUAGCAAGUCCUUUUGGUCAAUGUUUUAUUUCUCAGCUCAAGAAGCUCCAGACUAGCAACCAGCGGAGUCUAAAAUACAGACCCAGUUGAGCCACUGACACACGGUGUAAGGCCUCACUCUCUACAUAACUUGAGGGUAUUUGAUGUUGAGGCUGGAUGCAAACCUGGAUAAAGUAUUUCAUUCCCCAGCAUUGGCAUUCCUCAUUUCGAUCGGCACAAAAUGUUCACCACUCAACGCCCCCCUCCCACACCAACAGAAUGUUUAUUAACUUGAAAACCGAACUGUUAAUAUUUUGCUCAAAGUGAUUGAGUUAAUCAUUCACAAAGGCAGUGAAAAACCAGCCGGUAAUGAUAUCUUUCUCACAAUGAACAUAAUUCACCUCAUCUCCCACAGAAACAGAAAAAAUGCAAAUCUUAACAUAAAUCAACAAAGUUACAGCCAAUAACCUGCAAGAGCACCAAACAUUACCUUCAAAUUUGUUGUUUAAAGUGAAUUACUUUUGGUUCAAACCAGAAUAUGCUUGAAAUGUCUGUUCUGGAUUUUGGUCUUUUCCAAAUUGAUUAAAAGGCAAUGAUUGUUUCGAGAUGUAUCAAAUGUGUGUGUUUAGAAGAAAACGUUUAAAAAAAGUUCUAUUUAAGCAAAUUGUAAAAGUGAAAAAAUAAAAAAUGCCUUUUUAUGCAUUAAUUUUUUUUACAUAAAUGUGACAUUUUUCAUAGUCUCCUGAAGGAUGUGUCAGUAAUCAUAUAAAACAUGAACUUCACUUUAUUCCUGCUUUUAAAUAAUAAAGGGUUCUAAUUAUGCAUGUAUAUGCUAAGAAAUUGCACGAUGGAUCUAGAUUAAUGUCUGUACGUGAAUCUUAAUAUAAAAAAUUUGUGAAAAUCUGGAUACAAUAGGAACAUUUUUUGUUUAGACUGUGUAUUUUUUUUUCUCUGGUGCAUGGGGCUUUACUGUUUGGUCAGUAAGAGCUGUGAUUAGUCAUUGUAUUGAACAUAUCUACAGAGUUUUUGUAAACUGGGAUCUUCCAUUUGUAGAGUAGUGAGAUGUGUACUGAAAGUCGAUGCCAUGACAAUCUGUAAUUAAUGUGGUUUCUGUGAAGAGAUGAAAUAAAGGGAUUGCAUUUUUGUAAAAGUA